CGGAGCUCAGCUUCGAGCUGGAGCUGGACUAUUCCGGAGGCUUCCGCCUGGCCAUUGAUGUGGAGCUGCUGUUCGGGGAAAUCUGCCUUCCUGGCCGUCCCGUCUGGCCCGUCUACAGGGCCCGAGUCCGCCUGGUGCUCAGCCGCCUGCCCUUCAGUCAUUGGUCAGUCUGCUUCCUAGAGAGCCACUCAUAGACUUCCAGGUCCACAGCCAGUUCGAGGGACGACCCAUGCCACAGCUCACCUCCAUCAUCAUCAACCAACUGAAGAGGGUGAUCCGCAAGAAGCACACCUUCCCCAACUACAAGAUCAGGUACAAGCCGUUUUUCCCAUAUCAGGUGCAUCCGCCAACAGAGGAGCAGGAGGAGCGGACACUGACAUUGCAGGACUUGGGGCUGGCAGAAGGAAGGUUGAAGGUGUCACUGAUGGAUUGCAGCAGGUUGUUGAUGUUCGGCUCCUAUGACCAGGAAACGUACAUUCAAUGCACACUAGACGUCAGUAGUGCCCCCUGGAAGGAGAAGGCCAGAACUUCCAUCAAAAUGGUGGAGUUAAUUAAAGGGACAUCACAAAACAUUGGGCUGAUCCUGAUGCAGGCCAGAGAUGGAGACACAGGACAUAUCUGUGUGGAGUCAGUCAUGCCAAAUUCCCCCGCUGCGGGCAUGGACCUGAAGAAAGGCGAUCGCCUUAUUGCAAUUGGAGGUAUUAAGGUUACCUCCUCGAUGCAUGCAUUCAAGCUCAUCAAACAAGCAGGGGACAGAGUGCAGCUCUACUAUGAGAGGCCAGCCGGUCAGAACCAAGGUGGAGGCAGCCUUCAGGAGAACAUGGGAACAUUAGAAGAUUCAGCAUUCCCGCAGACAUUUGAGGAUGAAGCGGGUCUCUUGAUGGAUGCAGAAAACAAAGAAUUGGAUUCUGAGUUUGAAGACCUGGCAAGUGAAGUGAGACCUCCUGGGGAGACUAAAGAUGACAAUUUCCUGCCAGUAAGUCAAAGUCCAAAACGGAUUGUAGGAAAUCUUUCAACAAAAUCUCUGGGGUCCAUCUCACCCAUUCUGAGUCGCAAACCAAAUACAGCAAGUAACCAAACAGCAGCAAAGACUCCAGCAAAAUCGGGGAAAGUAAGCCCUCCAGAGAACCAAGAAACUACCCAACUCAACAGAACUUCAUCAGGAUCUGGCAUCAAGCCACCGGUACCCCCGAGACCUCAAGUUAAGCUAACCUUAACUACGUGUGAAACUCAGAAUACUGUGGAGCCUGUUGAGCCCUCCCUUGAUAAAGCAGAUAAAGCUCCUCCACCCUCUGUGAAUGGUGACAAGCUAGCUGAGAAAUCUGGAAAACAAGCAGAGGUUGGUGAAGAGUUCUCCGUUCAGAAACCCAGCUCCCUGAAACCAGAGGCUGCAAAAGACAGGACCUCAGAAGGUUCUACUAGUACCAGGGAGAGCUUAGAAGACCAAUAUGUGUGGGAAUCUCCAGAGACCUUGUACAGGAAUCGGCAAGGUCGAUGGACAAGAGCAUCUUGCAUUUUUGAUAUCGAAAACCACCACAGAUAUUUGAAUGUAGCUCUUUGGUGCCGAGACACUUUUAAAACUGGCAGUCUGUGUUGCAUCGGGCAUGUCAGCAUCAAAUUAGAAGACAUUUCUUUAGAAUGCCUUUCCACCUCCUCUCUGGAGUACCAUUCGCGAUUCCGGUUAAAUGCUCCAGAACCCAAAGCCAAUGUCAGCAGAACUGCACUAAGGAGUUUGAGCAUGCACAAGGGGUUCAAUGACAAACUGUGCUAUGGUGAUAUCACUUUGAACUUCAAGUAUCUGAUGGAAGGCGAGUCUGAGAACUCAAGCCUUCUGCUGGAGAAAGAGAGAGAUGCCAUUUUUACAGAAGAUAUGACCAUGCUGCCGAAAGAAGAGUUUCCUCCCCCCUCCGUGAAUUUUUCUGAAUCAAAGCAUAAUUUCCAAGACACUCAGUUUCAGAAUUCCACCUUGUGUGACCACUGUAAGAGGAAGGUGUGGACCAAAGCUGCAUCGCAGUGCAUGAACUGCGGCUAUGUCUGCCAUAAGAAAUGUCAAGAAAAGUGUCUUGCUGAAAACCCAUUCUGUGUGUCUCUAGAGAAGAGACCUGACCUGGAGUCCAAAUCUGUGGGAAACAGAACAGCGGGCAUCACCAGACAUAUCAUCAACACCAGCUCCCGGUUCUUGAACCCUCUGAGACAGGGAACUAAAAUGAGACAGCCAGAACAAGGAUGUGAUUUGGUUGAGCCUUCUCCAAAGCAAACCCCGAACACUUCAGACAACGAGAGCAGUGAUACAGAGACUGGUGGGGCAAACAGCCCUUCUAAGCGGUCUAGUGGCAGCUCGUCAAAAUUAGUCCGCAAAGAGGGAGGAUUGGAUGACAGUGUUUUUAUAGCAGUCAAGGAGAUAGGCCGCGAUCUCUAUCGAGGUUUGCCAACUGACGAAAGGAUACAAAAGUUAGAGUUCAUGUUGGAUAAACUCCAGAACGAAAUCGAUCAGGAACUGGAACAUAACAAUUCUCUUGUUAAAGAAGAGCGAGAGUCUACAGAAGCCAGGAGGAAAGCCCUUUUGUCUGCAGCACUGUCCAAGUCUGGUGAGAGACUACAGGCCCUCACAUUGCUCAUGAUCCAUUAUCGGGCAGGAAUUGAGGACAUUGAGUCUCUGGAAAACUCCUCUUUGGCUCAGCCUCGAAAAAUAGCGAAAUAUGAUGAAGAAUCUAUGGUGGUGUCUGAAGCUGCUGAUAAUGAGGAUGAGGAUGUACCGUUAGAGAUGAAGGCAGAUUUUAGUGACCCUACUGAGGAUAACCUGCCAGAUGCCCUUGAGGCAGAGUAG